UACCGAACAUGGCUGCCGUAGGUGCAGCAGGAAGUUUUCCGGCUCCAAAAGACUGACUUGGCCUGUAGAUGAUUUCUUGAAGAGCAAACAUCUUAAUGAGGCACAACAACCAUGAACAGGUUUCAACUUGGUAAAAAAAGCAAGAAACCAACUACACCCAGCCAUUCUGGGUCAAACUCUACAGAACAAAGUGUCAGUGCAUUUGCAAGCAAGAUAAGUCCAGAUGCUGAAGUUCAGGCACCGUUGCAGAACACUGUCGUGACAGCUACAGCAGCUACAGAAGAAAGCCAGGUGAAAACAGACAUCCCAGAUCCCCCAGAUCCCCCUAAAGGAUUUCAAGUUGUAGAUACUUCAACUGACUUUAUUAAGUUGAAAUGGGCAAAGGUUACUUCAAAGCAGAUUUAUGGCUACCGCCUGGAACGUUCCAUUGCAUUUCAAAACAAGUGGAGCAGAGCACAUCAACAACAUGUAUUAUCAGCUCAAACCACUAGCUUCCAAGUCGGGAAGGUAGUUCCUUAUGAGGCAUAUGAUUUUUGUGUAAAAUCAGCAGCACUUGAUGAUAGCUCUGGUACGCUUCUCUACAAUGGUGGACCCAAACUGCGCAAUGUCAUCGCAAAGGGGAAAGAUCAACCAUUCCCACCAAGAGACGUUAAGGUAAAAGAGGUCAAAGAAGAGUCUGUGUCACUGACUUGGCUGGUGCCUGAACCAGAUAACAGUCAAGUCACUUGCAAAUACGUUGUUGAGAUGUGCAGUGACUAUACUGACAGCAAGAUCCUAAAUACAUGGGAGGAAUGCUCAAACAGUCCUACAACAGAAUGUCAGUGUACAGUCAAAGUUCAGCACAACGGAAACUACCGCUUUCGUGUGAAAGCCCUUAAUAGCGACAAGCCAGAGGUCAGAAGCCUUCCACAGGAAAUGGGUGACCCAGAGGUACGUAUCCAUAUCAAACAGAGGAAUACAGAAAGGGGAUUUCUGGAACAAUUAUUAAGACUCUGGAAUUUCUUUGGUACAACACCCGAAAGGCAGGAAGACGGGAGCAUCAUCUUUGUCAUCUCCUGUCAAGACAUGAGUGGACUGCGUGAACUGUGGAUGAACUACAACCUGGGGAAACUGAAGGAGUUCUUCCAAGAUCUGUUUGCCCAAGAGCACUACUGCCCUGCUUCUGACCUAACAAACAAAGAACUUGACAUUAAAAUUGACCCUGAGGAUUUCUAUGCCUGCCGCCGACAUCUUCUGUUGACUUGUCCCAACAGCAAAGGGUUCAGGGUUCUGAAAGUUGGGGAUACUUAUUCCAGAGCAUGCACAAAGCUGGGACUAAGCGAGGAUUACCCAGUCCACUGCAAACCAGUACUGCAAAGGACAGCCUUCUCUGAGCUUGACUUCUUGGACCUUGCAAUAACCGUCAAGAAAUCAACAGGAGUGAAACCAAGCUCAACUACAUGUGGGACAGUGGAAAGAUCACCUGGAAUAAUGAG